UUCAAUGUGAGACAGACAAUAAAUAGGCAGAGAAGGCUGUUACUGUGUCGUUUUGGAUGAGCGCCGAAACGGUUUGUAGACUUCGCACAUACACAACAGGAUGUAGCAGCGGCGAAAUAAAUAAGAAAGGAGAAGAAAAGCGCGUGCGAAGAACGGAGGUGUAGAUCGUGAGAGUGGACAGAAGCAGAAGCCGACGGUAGCAGGAUUACCCACGGCAGGUUAUGAUGACAGCACCGCGGCCCGAGCUUCUAACCUGAAGUACCGCUCAAUGCGCUUUUGUUUGACGCAAUACUGGAUUUUUACGCACUAAACGGACUCUGACUGGCACAGUUCAGAUACUUUUGUAACAGAGGGGAGCACUGAAAGAAAGAGGACAGGAUGGCGAGCCAGAACGACUGCUGUGUGAAGGUCUCUUUGAGGAUCCGUCCCCAGAUGGCGAAGGAGAAGAUUGAGGGCUGUCACGUGUGUACGCUGGUCACGCCCGGGGAGCCCCAGAUGUUGCUGGGUAAAGACAAGGCCUUCACGUACGACUUUGUGUUCGACAUCGACUCAGCCCAGCAGCAGAUCUAUGCUGCCUGCGUCCACAAACUCAUCGAGGGCUGUUUCGACGGAUACAACGCUACGGUGUUUGCCUAUGGACAGACAGGCUCAGGGAAGACCCAUACCAUGGGGACAGGGUUUGACAUGAACGUGCAGGAGAAGGACCAGGGUAUCAUCCCGCGGGCUGUUCGUCAGCUGUUCCUGGGCAUCCAGGAGAGGAAGACACAGGCCCAGCAGCAGGGCACACACCCUCCAGAGUUUAAAGUCAGUGCACAGUUCCUAGAGCUGUACAAUGAGGAGAUCCUAGAUCUGUUUGACGGAGCCAGAGACCCAGACUGUAAGAGCAGGAAGUCUAAUAUCAAGAUCCAUGAGGAUGGCAGCGGCUCCAUCUACACCACCGGAGUCACCUCACGACUUGUCAACUCAGAGGAAGAGCUGUUACAGUGUCUGAAGCUGGGAGCGUUGUCUCGUACCACGGCCAGUACCCAGAUGAACGCAUCUAGUUCCAGAUCUCACGCCAUCUUCACCAUCAACCUCUGUCAGAUGAGAGUCUGUCAACAAACUGAGGAGAAUGGUGAGGUGAACGGAGGUGUAAAUGGAGGUGUGAUUGGGGAGGUGAACGGAGAUGAAAAUGGAGGUGUGAUUGGGGAGGUGAACGGAGAGGUGAAUGGUGUUGGUGGAGAUGGAGGGUCUAUUACCAAGCCUGAGUAUGAGACUCUGAUGGCCAAGUUUCACUUUGUGGACCUAGCUGGAUCAGAGAGACUCAAACGCACCGGAGCAACGGGAGAACGGGCACGGGAGGGCAUAUCCAUCAACUGUGGACUGCUGGCUUUGGGGAAUGUGAUCAGUGCUCUGGGGGACCAGGCUAAGAAAGGAGGACAUGUUCCCUACAGAGACUCUAAACUAACGCGCCUACUACAGGACUCACUGGGAGGAAACAGUCGUACGUUGAUGAUCGCGUGUGUGAGUCCGUCGGACCGGGACUUCAUGGAGACCCUGAACACACUGAAGUACGCCAACAGAGCCAGGAACAUCAAGAACAAGGUGGUGGUGAACCAAGACAAGACCAGCCAACAGAUGUCUGCCCUGAGGGCUGAGAUUGCCAGGCUACAAAUGGAACUUAUGGAGUAUAAAGCGGGUAAGCGUGUGGCAGGUGAGGACGGCUCGGAGUGCUUCAGUGAUCUGUUCCAGGAGAACUCGAUGUUACAGAGAGAGAACGACACGCUACGCAUGCGAGUCAAAGCCAUGCAGGAGACCAUCGACCACCUCAACACACGGGUAACCACGCUCCUCGCCAACGAGGUCAGCACGCUGCUGGCCAAGUCGGGUGAGGGCAAUGAGGAGAUUGGUGCUCUGAUACAGAACUAUAUCAGAGAGAUCGAGGAGCUCAGAUCAAAGCUCCUGGAGAGCGAGUCGAUGAACGAGUGUCUUCGUCGCAGUGUAACCCGUCUCUCCUCCCGCUCCCCGUUCACCAGCUCCUCCUCUCAUAGCUCCACCCCAGGGCCACACCCCUUAGGCUCCUCCCCUUCCCUUUCCAUGGAGGCGGAGAUGACGGACGUGAUUCGUCGAGCCAAGACGGACAUCGAGAGGCUGAAGAAGAAGGAGAGGAGACAGAGGAGGAUGAGCCCAGAGAAAGAGAAGGGGUUGAAGAAACGUGCGAAGCUUCAUUCUCAUGAGAACGGACAUAAUGGAGAAAACGGCCAGAUGGACUCGGAUGACAACUACACAGAGGACGUGAUGUCACCUCUGCAGGAGGAGGAGAGCGGGUGUGAAGAGGAGGAGGAGGAGGAGGGGAGGGACGAAGAGGAGUUUGACAGUGAUGAGAGUCUGGUGGACUCUGACUCGGACUCUGAUGAGAAAGCUAAUUUCCAGGUGGAUCUGGCAGACCUGACGAGUGAGAUUGAGAUCAAGCAGAAGUUGAUUGAUGAGCUGGAGAACAGUCAGAAGAGACUGCUGCAGCUCAAGCUACAGUAUGAAGAGAAACUCAUCCUGCUGCAGAACAAGAUCAGAGACACACAGCUUGAGAGAGAUAGAGUACUGCACAACCUCUUGUCUAUGGAGAACUACACAGAGGAGAAGGCUAGCAGGAUUAAAUCUGAGUAUGAGAAGAGGCUGAAGGAGAUGAACAGAGACCUGCUGAAACUGCAGGCAGCACAGAAGGAACACACGAGGCUACUGAAGAACCAGGGACGCUAUGAACAGGAACUGAAGAAACUGCAGCAGGAGGUCAACGAGAUGAAAAAAGCCAAGGUGGCACUGAUGAAGCAGAUGAAGGAGGAGCAGCUGAGGAGGAGGAUGAUGGAGGCCAAGAGGAACAGAGAGAUCGCUCAGCUCAAGAAGGAGCAGCGACGACAGGAAUACCAGAUUCGUUCGUUGGAGAGUCAGAAGCGUCAGCAGGAGCUGGUACUGAGGAGAAAGAGCCAGGAGGUGACAGCCUUACGACGUUUGGCUAAACCCAUGUCUGGACGUAUGGCUAGACGACUACAGCCCCUAGACUCCGGAGCAGAACUGUCUGCCAGCACCACCUCCUCUGAACCAGAGUCCAACCGGACCACCUCAACCAAAGUGUCGAACAUAGUGAGACAGUGGAACACCAAGAUGAAUGGCUACCUGGGAGAGAGCGAGGGGAUUACCACCAACGGGACACAGGUUGUUGGCAGUAGGACGCGUGUCCAGCAGCGCAAGGGUGUUCUCGUGGGCAGCAGUAGUUUCUCCAAGGCGGCCCGUCAGAAGUGGCAGACUCUAGAGAGGAGGAUCCUGGACAUCGUCAUGCAGAGGAUGACCAUCACCAACGUCGAGGCCGACAUGGACCGACUCAUCAAGAAACGAGAGGAGCUGUCUGUGCAGCAGGAGGCACUCUUGCGUAAAAGGCAGGUGCUUAUGGCUGAGGGGGAGGGGCCUGACGGGGAGGACCGCCUAGUCCAGGAAAUGAACGAGGACAUUGAGGUUCUGAAUGCAAACAUCGACUACAUCAACGACAGCCUAUCAGACUGCCAGGCAACCAUCGUUCAGAUAGAGGAGACCAAGGAUGAGCUGGACUCGGUGGACACCUCAGUGGUCAUCAGCUCCUGCUCUCUGGCUGAGGCUCGACACCUCCUGGACCACUUCCUCAAGGCCUCCAUUGACAAGGGUUUACAGGUGGCUCAAAAGGAGUCUCAGAUCCGUCUGUUGGAGGGCCAGCUGAGACAGACAGAUAUGAUUGGCUCUGCCCAUAACCACAUCAUCCUGGACGCGCUGAGAGAAAAGGCUGAGUGUAUCCCCGAGCUGCAGGCACUCAUACACAACGUACAGCAGGAGAAUGGUUAUGUUAGCACCGACGAGGAGCCUUUAGAGUUUAGCCAGGCCUCUGACGGCAGUGUGUCUCGGAUGAAGUCCUCAGCUAGUCAGGAUGACUGCAAGCUGAAGGUUCAGACUGAGCCCCGUCUGUCAGCCCAGAUGAAAGCGGUAUCGGCAGAGUACCUGGGUCCCGUGUUAGACCCGUCCACUAAGAACAUCACCAAGUCCCUGGCCUCCCUAACAGACAUCCAGGAGAACGGCGGCUCAGGUGGCCUGAGCCUCACUCUCCCCAUCUUUAGAGACAGGGUGUCCAGGACCAUCAGCCUGCCUGUCCGGGGACACACCUUUCCUCGGCAGUCUCGGGGGGGUGACACCUCCCCUCUAACAAGGAGGAAGUCUUAUGACCGAGGCCAGUCUUACAGAAAUGCUGAUGGGCAUACUCCCCCAUCCUCCCCCCCUCUCAGAACCAGAAACGACCGCAAUGUCUUUUCAAGGCUCACCAGCAACCAGAGCCAAGGCUCCGCACUGGACAAGUCGGAUGACAGCGACUCCUCUCUCUCGGAGGUGCUCAGGGGUGUGAUCACUCCCACGGGGGGAGUGAAGGGGGGACGGACGGCGCCCCUCCAGUGUUCAGCCAUAGCAGAGGGACACUCUAAACCUGUCCUCUGUGUGGACGCUACAGAUGAACUGCUCUUCACUGGAUCCAAAGACCGGACGUGUAAGAUGUGGAACCUGGUGACGGGACAGGAAAUCGUCACGCUGAAAGGGCACCCCAAUAACGUGGUCUCAGUCAAAUACUGUUCCUCCUCCUGCCUCGUCUUCUCUGUCUCCACCUCCUACAUCAAGGUCUGGGACAUACGAGACUCUGCCAAGUGUGUCCGCACCCUCACGUCUUCAGGCCAGGUGGUAUCAGGGGAUGCGUGUGUGGGAACCACCACCCGUACCAUCACGGUGGCACAGGGUGAAUACCAGAUCAACCAGAUAGCUCUCAACCCCUCUGGCUCUGUUCUCUAUGCUGCUGCUGGUAACACCGUACGCACCUGGGACCUCAACAGGAUGAUGGCAUUAGGGAAGCUGACAGGUCAUAUAGGCUCAGUGAUGUGUCUCACUGUAGGUCAGUCUCUACUGGGCAAAGACCAGGUUAUCACUGGCUCCAAGGACCACUAUGUCAAGGUGUUUGACGUGGCAGAGGGCAUGCUGGGUAAUUUAGGCCCCGCCCACAACUUUGAGCCUCCGCACUAUGACGGCAUCGAGUGUCUGGCCAUCCAGGGAGACGUUCUGUUCAGCGCAUCACGAGACAACGGCAUCAAGAAGUGGGACCUGGAGAACCAAGAACUCACCCAGCAAAUCCCCAACGCCCAUAAGGACUGGGUGUGUGCGCUGGCAUACGUUCCAGGGCGACCCAUGUUGCUGAGUGCCUGUCGGGGAGGCAUGCUGAAGGUGUGGAACGUUGAUAACUUCACCCCCAUAGGAGAGGUCAAGGGUCAUGAGAGCCCCAUCAAUGCCAUCUGCACCAACUCACGGCACAUCUUCACCGCUUCCAGUGAUAUGACAGUGAAGAUCUGGUCAGCAAAGGUGGGGAAGAAGAGGUGACGUUCGGUCGGAGCGUUAUUGUGACAUCAUUAUCUGCGGCCAUCUUUACUGAGGGCCUUGACCUCUGACCCUCUCACCUCAACCACCUCAACCAAUCAGGUGUGACGCGGCAGGUCUUCACGGUUACCAACCAUGACCGGGACGACCGGUGUGGAUGACGCGUCAUCGCAAAGUUCAGUCUCCUCCGGAAAGAUCCUGAUGAGGAGUGUGUCUUCAACUGAAAGGCAAAACGGGAAGCUUGAGAGUUUUUGCCUUUUCUUGUUUCUACUGCCAAUCCAACUGGAAGUGCAAUUGAGGUGUGAUGGGAUUUGGACAAGACAAAACCUUUAUUGUGCCAGAUAAUGGCUGUGUGAGGACAAAAAUCAGAAUGCCCAUGGGACGUUCAUAGACACAGCUACUGACUGAUUCAUCUACUCUCCUAUUUAUUAGUCAUUCAAUGAAAACAAGGUCUCCCAGAGGUGAACUGACCCUUUGAGAACACCAUUUCUGAGCCAACUAAAGACUAUGUUUCUAUCUUCAGGGCUGUCUGUGUUUGAUUGUCUACUGGCUGAGAUGAACCAACUGAAAUUCAUGUAUAGCAAAGGGGGCUGAGAGAGCGAGUUGUUCAGUAUACAUGCAGUAUGUAUGUUGAAACCACUCGACAGUUUGUUGAGAGUUCACUUCAGCCCUUUGUGAUUCCCUGUCUCUUCAUCUCCAUGGAUGGGUUUUCUGUGGCCUCUACCUUGGCUGCAGGCUGCUGUGCCUGCACUGAGAGAGCCUAGCAAUAAUAACAUCACUACUAACACCAGUCCUGGAGGAACACACAUACACACGCACACACACACUGCUGUCUUAUCAGGGUGGGAGUGCAGGAAUAAUAGUAUUAUUCACACUCGCACAGACACACCAACCUCACCGGACAGCGGUAUCUCCACAGGUGCCAAAGUUCAAGAUCGUUAUCUCUCCUGUCUCUAUGCGGCCGGAGACUGGCCCGAGUCCCACAUGGCACCCUACUUCCUAUGAAGUGCACUACUUUUGACCAGGGAUUAGGGUGCCAGUUGGGACUCUCUCUCUCUCUCUCUCUCUCUCUCUCUCACUGAGGCUCUCAAGUGCUUCAAUAAGCGCCCCCCUGGAGGCCACCAUCUCAACCGCUCCUCUCCUCUCACCCUGUGCGUCUGGUAUGCUGUGCGACUCCAUUCGGAGCUUAUUAGCUGUUGUAACUUCUGCAAAACUGGGUUUGAAUCACAGGAGGUUGGUGGCACUGUGGGGGACGGGCUUGUGGUAAUGGCUGGAGCGGAAUAAGUGGAAUUGGUAUCAAGCACAUGGUUUGUUUGAUGCCAUUCCAUUCGUACCGAUCCAGCCGUCAUGAGCCGUUCUCCCCUCAGCAGCCUCCACUGGUUUGAGUACUAUUUGAAAUCUUUCAAAUAUUUGUCAGCAUUUCUUCUAGCCUGCCUGGAUUUACCAGACGUGGCCCAUGAUGCCAGGCAAGCUCAAUCAAGCACAGAUAAAGUAUUUGGAAUUUCAAAUAGUAUUUGAGCCCAGGUCUGAACUGAUGAUAACUGUAACUGCAGACACCGAUAUAGCUCUAGUUCUGCGCCACAGAGACAGUGGUGGGAGGGAUGGUGAUGCUAGCCAGGCUAAUUGGCUGCUGUGUUAGCAGGUGGUGAUGAGUUAUGCUGCAUGAUGGGCAAAAGUCUGAUUAAGUAGGUCAGGACAGGGGAAGAGCGCUUGCGUCCCUAUUGGCACCCUAUUCCCUGCAUAGUGCACUACAUUUGACCAGAGUCCUAUGGGCCCUCGUCAAAAGUAGUGCACUAUAUAAGGAAUGGGGUGCCAUUUGGGACGCACACUUUACCAGAUCUUUAUUUAUUCCGUUCAGUAGUUUUAAAGAAGGAACCCUUCCCUGCUGUGUGUGUGCCUUUGGGGUAUUGUGGGGGCGACGCCUGGCUUCACACACACACACACACACACACACACACACACACACACACACACACACACACAUGCUUUUAGGUUAUCCAUCUUGCCUGGCAGGGCUUGGCUUCCUUCAACUCUGAGAUUUACUGUCUGCUAAGUUAAACAUAUUUGUCUUCUAGCCCUCCCGCGCACACACACGCACACACACACUCAUGUGGCUAACCACUAUCUCCAGGCACCGUUGAUCAGAGAAUCUUCCCUCCUAACCCUUUUAGAAGGGGACAUUCUAAUCAAUUCCCACUGACAAUGUCACAACGUAGAACAUUCCGAAGAAAUUGUGAAAUUCUCACACUCCUCCCUGAGGAUCGGAAAUAUCUUCAGAUGCCUAGUGAGCGACUGAGCCACGUGUAACUCACAGCAUUUCUUCUCCUGUGAAUAUAUCUAGUUGUUAUUGAGUGCACUUUAUCUGGUAAAGACUUAGAAACGUGUGUACUGCACUGUGAUCAAAUGGAUGACGUUAGAGGAAGGGAUUGGUGGUCCAAUAGAGCAAAAGAAAAGUAUCCCAAAUGAAAUCUACUGCAAUGAGAAUCUCAAAUCAUGUCUUUUGUAGUGCUGUCUUUGAAGACUGAAUCAAUGGUGUCUCUCUUACGAGACAUGUGGAUGCUGCUAACAUGAUGUAAAUAGUUUGAUAAAUAGAAACAUAAGACAUAAGAUGACACAAUCACGUUAUUCUGAGCCUAGGUUUUAGGUCUGAGUUGAAGGUAGAGGGAGUUUAUACUAUACACAGAUCCAGUUUUAUAGUCUCUGUAUGUAGCCCAUAACGCCUUGUUUUUAAAGCCAUUUGAAUGUGUUUAAGGUACAAUUGAUGUUCCUUUGUCAUAGAGGAAUAUCUAUGGAAUAUCUAUGGAAUCUCCAUCGACUUUAAGGACUUCUUUAAUAACGUCAAACUAUCAUGCAUUUUUUGUUGUUGUUGUCGACUCCCUUUUUAAUAUUGUAUUUUCCAAAUCCUCUAUCAUGUCCCUUGGAGGACCUUGGGCUUAACAUGAAGGAUGUUGAACACCCACAGCUGUGCCAAUCACCUAUAGCUAGCUAACUAUGUGGUGCUCUACUCUGUUCACUGUUCCAGGAUCAGCCUUUCUACUCCUUCGCUCAGUGUGUUUCGCAGUAGCUGUUCGAGGAAGCUCUGUGGUACCUUAAAAGUGCUUUAAAGGUGCCCCUGCUUGUACAUUUGCUGUAGAACAGAGCUGCGUGAACAUAGCGGUUGUGAUGGUAGGAGAGGAGGAAGCCUCAGAACCAUGAGCAGAAUUAAUAUUCCAAUGUUCAGUCACACUUUAUUUGGAUAGUGCGGCUAGUCCGUCUGUGGUCAUACCAUCAACAAAUAAUCUGUUGACCGGCAACUGCUUGCUAAGGUUAGGUUUAGAAUAAGGGUAAGGGUUCGUUUUUGGGUUAGGUUAAGGGUUAGGGCUACUAGAUAGUUACUGAUCAUCUACAGAUGGCCUAUCCGAAAUAAAGUAUUACCGAAUGUUCUAAUUGAUGACGUCACACAGGUGCUGUUUUAAUUCCGGAACAGGACGCCGAUGAGAAGAAUCAAAAUGCUCACCUCGUAGUCUCAACGGGUUAACCACACAGCCAAAUUAGAACCCCUCUCCUCUCCAGUUGGAAGAGCUGCUACUGACCGAGCAUGUCUGACAGCCAUGUCCACUCGCUAUAGAUUCCUAGGCUUCUUCUCUCGUCUCCAUCGGUACCACUCUUGUUGGCUGGAUCACCUGUAUACAGGUGUAUUAUGCUGUCUAUCGGAGGGGAGAUUUGGGCACAGUUAUUGACUUCCUGGUUAUCCGGCAAAAAGUUGACUGACUUUCCUACCCCGUGUGCAGAUAUGACCGUCUGUAUAUCUACCCGAGCUUAAACGUUCACCUAAUUAGAAAAUGAACCACUCAGCCUAUCAGCUCCACGUCUCUGCCGCUUGCCUCUGCUUUGGCUCUAAACACCAGUGAUUCAAUUUUUUUUUUAGCAGAAAUGGUCUGUGAAUAAAGUGACCUGACGCGGAAUGGCAACAAACAACAAAAGCGUCUAACGGUGCACUUUGGCUUCUCUACUAGUGGUCUGGAUCACUCGUACUGUAGAUGUGCUAAGAGCCACGUUGCUCACGAAGGCUCUGGGAAACACCUUGUCUUCUAAAGAUACAUUGUAAGAAAUGUAUCUAAUAUGUUCUGAUAUCUAGGCCUAAUUCAAACACUGACCAGAGCUGGUAUUUUGAUUUGCUGCUCAGAAGUGCACACAAUUAGAGGUCACACGGAGGGAUGGCGUCUCGUUGUCGGCUCUGUUACUCUCUAUUUCUGUUUCACAGGCAAAGUGGACAGUAACGUGUAUCUGGUGGUAUUUGUGAACCAGGGUCAAAUGUCAUACCAGGUGCCUUUUUUUUUCUUCACAGGCUCCUCCCCCUACGGACUACUGUAAGUGUUUGUACAGAUAACAUUGUGUUUCUUUUUCUUACAAUGUGCAUGUGACCAAAUACCAUGUAAAAUACCUUGACAUUUAAAAACUGUAAGUAGAUGUAUUAUUUAAUGAUGGAUCAAUAAAACGUUCCUUCAAUUAAAUAAAAAUCCUCAAAGAAUAAAAUCGGUGGUCUCAAAAGUACUCAAAUCGUCAGUCUUGAAAGUUGUCUUUUUGCAUUAAACUUCAAUUGGACUUCA